AUGGAUAAAGACAAAAGAAUCCUCAUCAUCGGCGCUGGCGUUUUCGGCCUUUCGACGGCUUUGGAGCUCGCCCGUCGCGGAUACAGCAACGUUAUUGUUUUGGACCGCCACGUUCCACCAGUUCCCGAUGGAUCCUCAGUUGACAUAUCUCGCAUCAUCAGACCCGACUAUGCCGAUGCAUUUUAUGCGCGGAUGGGCAUGGAAGCCCUAGCUGGUUGGCAGAAGGAUUUUUCGCAGUUCUUUCAUCGCAGCGGUCUGCUUUGUGCUCAAUCCGGAACGGAGUUUGGCAAUGCUUACUUGAAGGAAGCGAAGACGAAUCUCGAGAAGAUCGGCGCUGAGGUCAAUCUUUGGGCGUAUACUGGACGAGAAGCAAGUCAACGGUAUCCAGGUAUACAUGGCGACUUGUCGCAUACUAGUGGCUAUUGCAACCUGGACGCCGGAUGGGUUGAUGCUGGGAAGAGCAUUGAGCACCUAGCUAGACUGUGCGAAGAAGCAGGUGUUACAUUCUUGGUGGGCCAGGACAGUACCGUCGUCGACCUUGUCACAACCAGGAGCGACGGUCGUAAGGCAAUAACUGCGAUACGAACAGCAAAUGGAGAAGUCUUAGACGCCAAUACAGUGAUUUUGGCUACUGGAGCUUGGACACCACAUCUCAUUCAAGCUGGAGGCCGGUUCAUAUCUACUGGGCAGCCAGUGGGUUAUAUGCAGCUCACCCCCCAAGAAGCCGAGGAGAUGCGAGGGAAUCCAGUCAUGAUCAACUUGAGUACUGGCUGGUUCGCUUUUCCUCCGUCACAAAACGACAAUAUCCUGAAGAUGGCAAGGCACGGCUAUGGCUUCGAAACGACGCAUACCUCUCAUUCUGCCCAAUACUCGGCACCAAAUCUGGCUACCCAGGCUGACUACUUGCCUGUCGACGCAGAGCAAGCUUUGAGAGAUGGGCUUGCGCUCUUCUUCCCCAAGUUCAGAGAUCGCGUUUUCUCGAGGACAAAGCUCUGUUGGUACACAGACACACCCAAGGGAGACUUCAUCGUCGACUACCAUCCCGAGUACACGAACCUCUUCUUGGCUACUGGUGGAAGUGGACAUGCGUUCAAGUUUUUACCAAUCCUGGGUCGCUAUGUGGUUGACAACUUCGAGGGAACGGCUACAGAGGAGCAGAAAGAAAAGUGGAGAUGGUCAGAGAACGCUACUCCUCUCAUGCCUGGGGAUGGUAGUCGUAGCGGACCUCCCAGAAGAACACUCACGGCUGAGGAACAGUCUCAUCUGGUUUGA